AUGCUCACAAGAGUGACAUGUUUCUGUGGCAGCUAAAAUCAUUAUAAUUAUGGUUUAGAGGCAAGCCGACAGACUUGAAACACUAAAAAUAGAAGCUAAAAUGAAAAGUCUAUGUAUGUCAAGUUGCUUAAUCUGACGACGAAUUUAGAGUUCGGAUUUUGUCAGAUAUGUAGGAAAAUAGAGACCCAAUUGCUCAAGCAAAGCAUUUAAUUGAAUUCAGGCGCAAACAAUUGGGUGCUCUUGAAUUUGAUCGUUAGGAAAUACCCUCUUUGAAAAGUCGCUGAUUCAAACAGUGGGUUUUUUCAGCUGUGGAUUGAAUUGGAGGGUCGGAGGGGUUAAGGCCAUGGAAUUGGGUGCUAAUGGUGUGUGGGUUUCUGUUGAAGAUGGGGUUGAGGUUCUCAAUCGUGCAGCUAGAGCUCAUAGGGGUGGUUUUGAGGAUUGUGAUGGAGGGAUACAGAUAAUUGAAGUCCACUCCAGGAGGACUAGGAGCAGCCAUGAAUCAGAUUCGAGCACCCUAAGUAGCAGCAGUAAGCGGCAGAGACCUUUACACUCUGCAGGUUUAGUAAGUAAUUGUGGACAUCAGAAUCGUGAGAGUGUUUUUGUCACCAGCUGCAAUCAUGCCACUUGUAUGGUCUGCUUAAAAUCUCACGUGGAAUCUGUGGUAGAUAAGUCAAUGAUAACAGUAGAACCCUCAUAUGAGGAGAUCAGAAUACAAUUGCUAUGUCCGGAUCAGAGGUGCGGAAUGGAGCUUAGCAAAGCAGAUUUAAUCCAUUUACUUGGUAUUAGCACUGUAGAAAGCUAUGAGAAGUGGUUGAGGACUGCAUAUCGAGAUCUUUAUGGUGCAAUGUCAAGUGCUAAUAUGAUCAACUGUAUUAAGUGUCAGCAGGGGAAGGCAGUAAAAUGUUCAAGGAUGUCUUCAAUUAAAGGAAAAGGAAAGGCAAAGAAGAACAAUGAUGCAAAUCAUCUCCAGAGUGCAGCAAGUAAUGAGAGUAUUCAGUGUCCAGACUCAUGGGUAUGUACAAAUUGUGAAUUUUCUUGGUGUGCAGCUUGUGGGUUUGCCUUUGACUCCCAGUGUAAGGAAAGUGGAAGCAAAGGUAGCCACAUUUGCAGCGAAGCAACAAAUUACAGAAUCAAUGAUAUAGUGACAGAACUGGAACUGAUUUAUAAUGAGUAUACCUCUGGAACCACUAGAUCUGAUGAUCAGCCUGGAAAGACACCUUGUAAUAAGUAUAAUACACGAAGCCGUAAAUCUGGAAACCAACCUGGUACAAGUACACCAAAUGUUAGUUAUCAUCCUAGUGGGAUUAAUUUGGAAUUACUUACCCCAUAUGGUUCUAAUAUGGCGAAGACUGUCUGGGGGCCAGGUACUGGUUUUGGUGGUCACAGACAUGAGGGUAAGUCAACUACAGAGAAAGUUAAAAAGGCAGAAAAGGAACUUGACUGCCGGACAGAAAGUGUGCUCAAAUCUUUAGCAAGUGUUCUUAAGAAUAUUCUUUCAAGCCAGCCUAAGCCUAUCUUAGGUUUCUCUGCUUAUGUUCUAUUUAAACGGGAUAAUGUAGUUAGUCAACUUUUAGAAUACUUAGUGAUGAAUGAUUCCAUGAUGGACAUCUGUGCAAGAAGUGCAUUGUAUCUUCAGCUGGCAGACAUGUUGGGAACCAUGGCACAAUAUCCAGAACUCCUGAUGAUAUUGGUAGGAACCUGCUUCCAAACUGACAUAAAAGGAGGUUCUGAUGUUCAUUGUAAUGUUCGAAGUGAUACUUCUGUCUUGAAAAAAAUGAAAAAUAUUUAUGAGCAAGCAAGGAUUAUAGUGAAGCGAUUCAAAGAUGCUAACAAUGACAAAAAUGUGGAAGCUGAUCUUGACAUUGCCAGGUGUCUAUUGGAGUGUUAUGAGAAGUUGGCAAUUGCAUCUGAGAAGCAAACUGUCUCUACACCUGAUGUGAUUCCUAUUUCGGAGGACGAAGAUUCAAUGACAGGAGAUUGCGAACCAACUUCAGACCAGACAACAUCUGCUUCAAAGGAAGAAGGUUCCAAAACUAUUGAUUUUAUUGAAGUUAGUUCAGACCAUUGUAAGAAUAUUUCUUUAUAUAAAGAGAGCUUGAAGCCACUACAAUUUGGGGAGUAUCCUUUGCUUGGGAAAGCUUUUCAUCACCACAGCUACAGUUCUCAUUUUGAUGAGUCAGGAGCAAAUCGGCAAAGCAUCGAUAACACAGGUGUGCACAAUAAAAACAGGAUGUUGCAUAUUGCCAAAGAGGUGGCUUCUCUGGCAACGAAUCUUCCUCUGGAGUGGGAAUCCAGUAUACAUGUGCGAGUGGAUCCUGUGAGAAUGGAUUUGUUGAAAGCUUUGAUAGUGGGUCCAAAAGGAACUCCAUAUCAAAAUGGAAUCUUUAUAUUCGAUAUUUAUCUUCCACCAGACUACCCUCAACUGCCUCCAAAAGUAAAUUUCCUUACAACAGGAUGUGGAAAAGUGCGGUUUAAUCCAAACUUAUAUGCAGAUGGAAAGGUAUGCUUGAGUUUGCUUGGAACUUGGGAUGGUCCCAGCUGGCAACCCUGGAAAUCAACUCUUUUGCAAGUUCUUGUUUCUAUUCAGAGUUUGAUAUUCGUAGCAGAACCCUUCUACAAUGAGCCAGGACAUGAGACUUGGGCACAUUCUCGUGAUGCAGCUGAAGGAGAAAAUCGUAACCACAGAUACAAUACAUUGAAAAUUGCUAUUCUUGGUGCUCUUAGAGACCCAGAUCCUAGCUUUAAAGAUGUAAUUAUAAGACACUUUCAGCACAAGAAGGACGAGAUUAUUAAUCAGUGUAAUGAGUGGAAAGAAGCUAGCGGUGACCCCACACAAAAAAUGUACAGCAAGGUUGCUAACAUUGCUAAUGAAGUGAUUUUAGAGGUGGUAAAGGUGGCCCCAUUAUAGUGAGAAAAUAACAUGUUAAAAAAUGCUUUUAAUUGUAGGAACUGAUGGCAUAUUUUGUCUCUAGGUGCAUUCUAAUUCUCAGUGAUUCUUUAUUUACCAUACUCAGUGCAAUAUCCUGUUUGGGCAUUUUUACACGAUCAAAGGAUCCUCCGUGAGAAAACAGGGAGGGAUUCUGCUAGCAAUGGUGAUGGUAAACUUUUUCAUGCUUCCACCCAAUGUUUUGGAAGUCAUGCCAAUAGCAAUUAUAACCGCAAGCACAUACUUUUUGAUUGCCAUUGUAUAUAUUUGGAACUCCAGUGAAAGCUCCUGUUACAAAAAAAUCAUUUGAUACUGAAUAAUGUAUAAAUUUUUGUAACUCUUUGGUCUCUUGACCCAAUGUAGAUCUUUCUAUGUGAUAAAUAUUGUUUGACUUUUCUUUUCAAUGCA